CGUCAAAAUGACUAAAAAGCUAUCCCUGGUGUCCCUCUGGCCGCUUGUCUCUAUAUAACAGGAAGCUAUCCCAAGGCUCUGAUCAUUCAACGCAGUGGCGAGCUUAGAGCGUUUCACAGAGAGGAAUUAGCAAGGCGGAGAUCAGUGCAAUGGCGUCUGCAACCAAGGAGUCAGCCAUACAGGCAUGGUAUAUAGACGACAAUACCGAAGACUACAGGCUUCCCCAUCACGUCAAUCCCCCGAAGUAUGUGACCCCAGAGGAACUAAGAGAACUGGGAGUACUCAACUGGACCCUGGAUGCUGAUAACUAUGAAAAUGAUGAGGAGUACAAGAAAGUUUAUGCCGCCCAAGGAUACACCUACUCAGAUAUAGUUGAGGUCUCCCCAGAGGUGUUGCCAAAUUAUGAGGAAACACUUAAGAGCUGGUUCGAAGAACGCACCGGCCAUGAGGACAAGACCCGGUUCUGUAUUGCAGGAAGUGGUUAUUUUGAUGUCAAGGAUCGCGAAGGUAAGUGGAUUCGCAUCUGGCAAAAGAAAGGGGGUUUGAUUGUUAUGACUGCUGGAGUUACUCACCGCUACACGCUUGAUACCGACAACUAUCACAAGGUCAUUCGUCUCUUUGAUAAGAAGCCCUAGACUCCAUGAUUGACCUCAUUAUCACUGGCAGAGGGAUCCAGAACCGUCUGGUGACGAGAACUGGUGCUUUGUGCGCCAUCUAAUGGCGGGAGUAGUGUGUUCCUUAGUAGGCUCCUAUGUGUUUUUGAGUCUUCUCUUCUUGUCCGCGGCAUCAAUUGGGGGUGUAUGUUGUUGUAGGUGAAGAUGGGCUUGUUUCUUCUUGCUUGUUCUGUUCUCUUUGUCCUCUUAUCUUGUGAUGUGACUUCUUGCUUGUUCUGUUCUCUUUGUCCUCUUAUCUUGUGAUGUGACUGCUGCUGCUAAUAAUAAUUACAUGAUCAUCUACUUAAUAA